AUGCAUCUAAUUAUUACUAAUACAAAUAUCAAUUGCGAGCAAGCAGAACUGAAUGGAGAUAUUUUACCAAUCGCGAAGCGUUUACUUAACGACUUGUGGCACAGAUAUCAAUUAGUUUAUGCAGUCAUUGAAUUUCCUUUGGCCUGUCCAAGAAGAUUUAUUACAUUCGAUGGUAACAAGCGGCCAAAUAAUAAUUUGUAUAACAGAACUAUAACAGUAAUAGAAAAAGAAGAUCUAGAUGAAACUUUAAAGAAAAGUCAAAAUACAUUAUCAGAUGGCUUUCCAUUAAAAAUUAAUUUGUUUCAUCGGUUCCCCACGUCUUUUAAACAAUGUCACAAGAUUUACAACUACAUGAAAUUUGACAUAAAUAUAACAAAUGGAUUUUGCGGGAUGGACGCUUUAAUAAUGCACGAUUUCAUAAAAACAUUUAAAUUUAAUGUUACAUACGUCGAUAAUAACCGUACUAAUAAAUAUGGUUAUGUAGUAUCAGGUCAUGCUACUGGUAGCCUGGGAGCUGUGAUACGCCGCGAAAUAGAUAUUUCAUUUAAUUCUAGGUUUAUUGCGAUGUACAUGAACAGUGGUUUCGAUUUUCUUAAUUACGUAUCAUCUGAUUCCUUAUGUGCUUUGACUAUGAUUCCAGAUAUAGUACCACUGUGGCAAUAUCCCAUAAAUAUGUACAAUUAUAAACAAUGGAUGGCCGGUCAUAUAAACUAUAUGUUUACAACUUUAAGACGAUAUGACCAAUUUAGAACGCUUCAAGAUAUAUGCGAUUCUAACAUAGCAGUAUACACCUCUCCUGGCAUUCUGAUGCUACUCAAUGCUGAAACCGUGGAUAAUUCUACUAACGAUGUAUUUACAACAAUUCUAAAGCGUUUGAAAUUAUUUUCAGCUAACUCUAGUUACACGGUUGAGGAAAAGAAUAUGGCAAUGAUCCGAAGGCGAAUAGACAUUACUCUGGAAAUCCUUGUAAACCAUACAGACAAAGACGGCAGGCCAUCAUUAUAUGUUAUUAACGAUUGUUUCCGUAAUUUCUAUUUAUCUUAUAUCGUUAGAUCAGGAUUUCUUUUUACUUCACAAAUACAAGACUUUAUGAUGCGAAUGGUCGAAGCUGGCUUUCCAGAAAAAUACUAUAAGUGGACCAGUUUCACACUGCGUUUAGGUGACAUCUUACACAACCCAACGUCGGAACCUCGUCUGUUUACUAAGAUCACUUUACAGGAACAACGAAUACCAUUCGUACUACUUAUAAGCGGUUAUAUCGUGUCUACCAUCAUAUUUAUGGUAGAGAAAUGGUGGAGUAGUCAUAAGUUGAAUAUUAUGCAAAAUGAAAGUUCUCAAUUUUGA